AGUCAAAAUAGAGGUCACACUCGCACAAGCGAAACUGCUUUUGCAGAAGAGGAUGAGUAAUCGUGUGGAUUUUCUGUUACAAGUGAAGAAGAAGAAGAAGAAGCUCUAUCCCUCUGCAUUAACUCUCUCUCUCUCUCUUUCUCUUCUUUUUUCCAUUUUUGUCUCUUUAAUAUCAUAUGCCCAUGCCCUUCAACAUGAACAUUCACUGCACCUCCUCAAUGGAGACCUUCACACACAUGGCUCCUUACAACAUUUGUUCAUGUCACACCCUUAAUGUUCAUAAGGGUGAUCAUUAUAUGGCUUUUUUAUCAUCACCAAUGCCCAAAUGCUGUACCUUUAGCUUUGGGAGUAACCAAAACAAUGACGUUGAAGAUAAAUGUAAUGCUGGGAUUUCUUUAAUAAGUGACCAGGAAUCACUAAUGCAUCAUCAGCAGUCGUCGAAGCUCUGUGCUAGAGGCCAUUGGAAACCAGCGGAGGACGCUAAACUCAAGGAACUUGUUGCACUUUACGGGCCUCAAAACUGGAACCUCAUAGCUGAAAAGUUGCAAGGCAGAUCAGGUAAAAGUUGCAGACUAAGAUGGUUCAACCAAUUAGAUCCAAGAAUCAAUAAGAGUGCUUUCAGCGAAGAGGAAGAAGAAAAGCUAAUGACAGCUCAUAGAGUUUAUGGUAACAAAUGGGCCUUAAUUGCUAGACUUUUCCCUGGGAGGACUGAUAAUGCAGUUAAAAAUCACUGGCAUGUUAUAAUGGCUAGAAAAUACAGAGAGCAAUCCUUUGCUUAUCGGAGAAGAAAACAGACUGAAGCUGCUAAAAGAAGGGUGGAAGAUGGCAGUUCUUCUGCCACCAGAGAAACAGCCAUUAACGUAACAGAAACCAAAUCUCCUUAUCUUUGCAAUGCCAUAAUCACCAAACCAUCUCUUCACUUCCCACUUGAAGGUUGUAAAGGUUUUUGCGACGUGACUUCUAGUGAAGAGGCAGCCACAAGUGGUACAGUCUUAUUUGUUGGAAGCAGCAAUUUACUAUCUCUUCCCCAUGGAUCUUGUCCAGAACAGACACCUUUUGAUUUCUUUUCUGGUCACAAGAGUUAUGAGAUUUCGAGUCAGAAUGGUACCACCUUCACUGUUUCCCACAACAUGCAACAAUCAAGCAACCAUCACCUUUCUGCAGGAUUCUCAGACUCCAUGGCAUCACCAACAUCCCGAGUCUCAAACUGUGAACCAUCUUCAUCAUCAUCAAUAUCAUCCUCAGAUAACAAUGCAACCUGCCAUUUUCAGACCACCAUAUCACCUCCAUUUAUAGAUUUUCUUGGGGUAGGGGCUUCUUGAACAAUUUGAACUGAACACCAAGAGGACGAGAGAAAGUAGAAGCAUUCGUUCUAUGCAUGAAUCUGACUUAACCCUUUUCAUCGUGAUCGCAAUCUUUGUUCAUGAACUCAAGCAGCCAUAAAAAAUCACUUCUCCAAAUGUUGAAUCGAUGAAGUAGCUUUAAUUAUGUCUU